AUGGGGAAAUACAACUGUUGCGUUCCGAAUUGUACAAAUAACYGGAGAAAUUCUCCUGGGUUGAAGUUCCAUGCACUUCCGGGAGAUCCUAAGGUUCUUAGGGAAUACAAACAGCUGAUAAGAAACGAUAAUCUCAGAGUAUUCUCGACGAGCACAAAGAUAUGCGGUAAACACUUUCCAGAAGGAGAGAGAUGUAGUCGUACUCAGUUGCCAUCGAUAUUCACCUGGUCUAAGACCGUACAUAAACGACGUGAAAUUGUCAAAAAUGAAGUACCAAAGAAAAUUAAAACACCAGGGAGUUCCACUUCAACAGUUAUAGAAUCGACAGUGACUUCCAUAAACAUGGACGAUCAACAUAUCCUCGAAGAAAGAAAGUGUUUACCACAUAUCUUUGUGCUCGUGAGGUUUUUAAAACUAGUUUUAGCAUCCUUCCCUAAAUAA